AUGUCGGUGAUGGAAAAGAAGAAAUUUCCCAUGAUGAUGUCCGUCUCACUGUUGCAUCACAGUGCCGUACCCAGUGUGCAAAACUCCUCAAUUUCUUCCUUCUUCGCCGCCUCCUCACCAUCAUCACCAACCUCUCCUGAUGCUGCUUCUACUCUUGCUUCUCCUUGCCAUCUGCUCCAGAUAGUUGUCGCCACAAAUCUCUCCGUGGUGUGGGGCUCCUCACUGGCCGCGACCCACGCUACCUGGUCAGACCGAGAGGCGAAGGCGGAUAUGCCAAGUCGACUGCUGGAAGGCGCGACUAGGAGUUUAUGCGCCGUGUUAGCGCACCUGUUGGAGCUGGCGGAUGCUGUCUCCACCACCACCAUCGCGAUCAUCAAGUUCGAAGCUAUCUCCAUUGUUGUCACUGUCACAGCCGUUAUUGCCGUGGGCGCUGCCACCGCUGAAGUUGACGUUGACUCAGUCGCUUUUAUUGCGCAUCUUCGAUUUGUAUCAAGUUAUUCCGACGUUGGCAGAGACAGCGGCAACAACGGCAGUGGCAGUGACAGCGACGGAGAUGGCUUUGAAAUUGAGGAUCGCGACGGUGGUGGUAGAGACAACAACCCACCAACCACUGAUCGAGGUUCUCCACCGCCACCUGCCACAGACGAGUAUUCUCCUGCAAGAAGGCAGAUCAGAGGCACUGAUGAAGAAACAAAUCCGUCCUCCAUGUAA